AUGGAGACAGAUCUGAAUGAGAUGAUGCAAAAGUUCUCUUUAGCUGGAAAUGAACUUUUAGGAGCUACUCUGGACUUAGGGGACUUGGAGAGUGGAGUUAGAGUAUGUAAGGACAGUAUAAUAAGGAAAGUCAUAGGAGAAAAGAUUGCUAGUUUCACAGGAGUGAAAAACUUUGCCACCAUGGCCUGGGGUUAUCCUAAACACUUGUCUGUGUUAGAACUGGGACCGAAUCUUUUCCAGUUCAACAUCCCUAACUCAGAUGAUAAGGAUAGGAUAGUAGAAGGAGGCCCGUGGGUUAUAGAUAACCAAAUUUUGGUACUGAACAGAUGGGAGGAAGGUAUAGAAGGAAAUCUGGAAGCCUUCAUACUGGCCUCUUUGUGGGUACAGGUUUGGAAUUUACCUGUACAUUGGGUUACUAGAGAAGUAGGCCGUAAGAUUGGGGUAGUUUUCAAACAGGUCAAGGAUGUGAUAAUACCACAGAUGGGAGGAAAGAAGGCUAGGCAUUUGAAAAUGCUGGCCUUAGUAGAUUUGUCAAAACCCCUGCUAAGAGGCACCAUUGUGAAGACUGAAGGUACUAUGAAAUGGGUUGCCUUCAAGUAUGAAAGAUGCCUAGAUUUCUAUUAUAAUUUUGGAAUUGUUGGUUAUGGGGAGAAGACAUGUAGCAAACAGCAAGAAAUAGCAGGGGUAUAUGCAGACAAUCAGUAUGGGCCUUGGAUGAGAGCAGGGAACUUUAAAGGAUCCCCACAGAAAAAGUAA